UCCUGAGGCACCCGGACGUCCUUAACCGAGUGCUCCCUUCAGUGGGGGGAGGCAGAGGAGAGGGUCCGAGGGACUGGUGGAUGGGAAGAACCCUUUGGGAGAGAGAAAAACAAUCACGUGUUUGGAGAUCAAAGGAGAUCUGCUUUGUAGGGUGGGGGGUGAGAAAGAGAGGAGAGUUAGAGAAAGAGGGAGGGAGGGAGGGAGGGAGAGAGAGUGUAAUUGACGAGGCUGCAGUGGUGAAUAAACGCGCUCCGGUCUCGCUGCAGCUUUUAUUGCACAAUUCCGGGUCCGCUGCGUUUCGUUCGCCUUUUCGACCGUUCCGAACAGACUCGAUUCCUUCGAUCCAUCCGAUCAGCCUUGGAAACUAUGUUCCGAUCGGCGCAGAUCCAGCCGGCAAGAUGAUGCUGUUCCCUCUGCGCCUGGCCCUGGACCCCGACUCGGUGGUCCUGGUGAUCUUCGUGGUCUCCACGUCACUCGGCUCCGUGGUCGCUAAGGACACCGCGUUUGUGGAGGUGGUUCUGUUCGAGUCGAGUCCCAAUGGAGAUUACACCACGUACACGACCGGGCUGCAAGGACGCUUCUCCAAAGCUGGGGCCACUAUCAGCGCGGAGGGGGAGAUUGUCCAAAUGCAUCCCCUGGGACUGUGUAACAACAAUGAUGAUGAGGACCUCUAUGAGUAUGGAUGGGUAGGAGUGGUGAAGCUGGAGCAACCCGAGCUGGACCCGAGCUGUCUCACCGUGCUGGGAAAGGCAAAAAGAGCUGUUCAGAGGGGGGCAACUGCUGUCAUCUUUGACGUGUCGGAGAACCCAGAUGCUAUCGACCAGCUGAACCAGGUGGGCGAGGACCCCCUUAAGCGGCCAGUGGUCUACGUCAAGGGAAACGACGCCAUGAAGCUGAUGAACAUCGUGAACAAGCAGAAAGUCGCCCGCGCUCGCAUACAGCACAGACCCCCCAAGCCCACGGAGUACUUUGACAUGGGCAUAUUCCUGGCCUUCUUUGUAGUCGUUUCCUUGGUCUGCCUUAUCCUGCUCAUCAAGAUCAAACUGAAACAAAGAAGAAGCCAGAGCUCUCUGAACCGGAUGGCCAUCCAGGCUCUGGAGAAGAUGGAGACGCGCAAGUUCAAGGCCAAGGUCAAAGGUCAGCGGGAGAGCAGCUGUGGGGCAUCUGAUUGGCUGAGCAGCAGCUCCACCUCAGACUGUGCCAUCUGCCUGGAGAAGUACAUUGACGGGGAGGAGCUGCGAGUCAUCCCGUGUGCUCAUCGCUUCCAUAAGAAGUGUGUGGACCCCUGGCUGCUGCAGCACCACACCUGCCCCCACUGCAGGCACAACAUCCUCGAACAAAAGAAGGGGACCCCCGGGUCGGUGUGCAUGGAGCCGGCCAGCUCAGUCCACAGCCGCCAGCAGAGGGUAGUGCUGCCCGUCCACUACCCAGGCAGGGUGCACCGCGCUGGGCAGGUGACGGCAUACCCCACCCGCACCAGCAUGGACCCCCACGGCAACCCCAUCACUGUGCUGACGGUGGACCAGCAUCCGGACCCCCAGGGUCUCUACCCGGCUCAGUCCACCUCUGCAGCCUUCCUCCGCGGCUACCAUCCCACACUACACCUGGACCACUCGCUCAACCCCCACCACUGUGGGCUGGAGCACCGCGGACCCCCCGCCUACCCUGCUGCGCAGCCCCCCCACCACACGGCCUUCAAGAGACCCAAGUUCCACAGCGGACGCAGCUUCUCGCGGGCCACCUGCUUCUCGCAGUACGAGACCAUGUACCAGCACUACUACUUCCAGGGCCUUACGUUCCCCCAGCCGCCCGACGGGGCCCAGGGACCAGCCAUGGCGGGGCUGCUGAACGGCGGGGCGGGCCCCCACAAGGGCCACCACGGCAGGGCCUUUCAGCAGGGCCUGCUGUAUCCAACAGUGAUGCACAUGGGGCCGGCCUCCAGCUCACGGAUGGCCGACACGGGGAGCGUGUCGGGCCUGGGCUGUUACCACGGCCACCGCUCGGUGUGCAGCGGCUAUCUGGCGGACUGCCCCGGCAGCGACAGCAGCAGCAGCAGCUCGGGCCAGUGCCACUGCUCCUCCAGCGACUCCAUGCUGGACUGCACCGAGGUCAGCAACCAGGGCGUGUACGGCAGCUGUUCCACCUUCCGCAGCUCGCUGAGCAGCGACUACGACCCCUACGUCUACCGCAGCAAGAGCCCCUGCAGGACCUCGGCGGGGGCGGAGACGGGCGCAGUGCCAGCUGACGACUCGCUCAGCCCCGCCCCCUCGGGACACGAGUGCCCGCCGUGCCAGCCCGCCGGGGCGCCAAGGGGCUGCAGCCUGGAGGCCAACCAAAGCAGUCGUUCAUCUCUGGAGACCCGGGAGAGCGGGGGGGCUUCGUCAGCAGGGGUCCCGCCUUGCGCAGCGGACCGGGGGAGCCGGGCUCUGGAGGAGUCGGGGGACCCUGGGCCUCCGGGGCCCGGGACCUGUGGCUGCUGCUUGGAGGGACCCCCUCCAAAUGCCGAGCGCAAGGUGCAGGACCGAGGGGGGCCGAUGGGCCGGGGCUGUCGCUUAGGGGCGGAGUUUCAGAGCGCCGCCUUGAAGAAGUGUUUUGCCCCUGAGCACAUGUGCCCGCCAUCGGAGCAGGGGGGGUACGAUGGGGGGCCCUGCUGCUUCUACAAGGAGAGGAAGGUGCACCGCGUGGCGCGCUAUGCCGAGGACUACGCCGUCAACGUGCUGUACGCGCACACAGACUCAGAUGCUUGCUCUGGGCAGGGACGCUGUGAACUCAGCCAGAGAAUACCCAUAAUUCCCGAGGACACAGACUAUGAGUUGGGUGCAGCGACAGAGACCCAGGGAAGCCUCUUGCCGGCCAAUGGGACGACGGAGGCAGAGGCCCAAUCAGGGAGGCCGCAGGCGGACAGGAGGGCGGGGUACUUGUCCUCGGGACAGUUCAUAGGUCAGGUGUACCCACAGGAGGAGGAGAGGAGGGCCCUGGUCCAACCCCAUGGCCCAACAAGCAACAAGGAAUCGGGAAGCAAUACAUUUUCAAGUGAACGGGGACUGUAAGGACUUAGCAUUUAUACUGCCACGUCGAUGUUACAAUGCAAGCCAACCGGUCAAUCAGGCGAUCAAAUUAAAGCCCUUAGUUGCCUUGCAGUCGCCUUUUUUGCAAAACUCUGAAUGUUAGCAUCUUUGAUAGUGUAAUAUUUCUACUGAAAAUGAUGGUUGGCAGAUACACAGUUUAUUCAAUUCAGUACUAGGGCUACAAAACGUCUCGAGACAUGGACCAGCUGGUACUAAAAGCUUUGUUGGGGCCUCGUAACACAAACUGGAGCAGCUUGGACACAAUGCCCCUCUCCAAGGGUUCUGCCGUCACAUAAUGGUAACCAGGGUUCUGCCAUCCCAUAAUGGUAACUAGGGUUCUGCCAUUCCAUAAUGAUUACAACGUUUCUGCCAUCCCAUAAUGGUAACAAGGGUUCUGCCAUCCCAUAUUGGCGUUGUAAGUAACUGGUCCCCUACUUUCAUUUGUAUGCUUGUCACUUGAAAUCAAGCUUCCUUUUUUUGUGCAACUGGUUUGAUUUAGAUCUUUCACUUCAUGUAACUUCAUCAUCAUGUGUUUACGUGAAAAUUGAAAAGGCUAUAAUGCUUCAUCAACCACAAACUCGAGUAGAAACCGCUGUAUGGAUGAGCUUCACCAGAACUCAAAGAAAUGAGCUGUGUUCGUAAUCGUUCCCUAUUCACUCACUCACUAUUCGCUAUAUAGUGUUUAUGAUAUAGUGAACUAUAUAGGGAACGAACAAACGAGAAUUCGGACACUACGCUAAACAUGAAAAAAAAACACGACCACAUUGCAUUGUGGUAUACGGGAGUAACAUAUAGGGAACAUCAUAUGUUCACUAAAUUUUAUUGUUCACUAUAUAGUGAAUGAAAUUAACCACUGAGAAUUUGAACACCACUACAAAAUGGCGAGCACCCUAUAUAGUGCACUAUAUCCGUGAUAGUGAAAGAUUUCGAACACAGCUAAGGUCUCUUUAUAAGAUCUAGGUAAAGCCUGCCAUGUUUGAUACAUUUUGAAAAGACCGGUUUUCUCUCUUGAGAAAAGUAUAAAGCGAUCGAUAGGAAUUGGAAACUAAGCAUAGAAAUGGUCAUGCAUAAACGCUGCUUGUCUCAGUACUGUGUGACACGUUGUACCUUCAGGUUACUGCGGUCCAUUUCUAUCCAGCUGUGGCCUACUCGUGGACGUGCCAGUAUAACUCAUAAGCCUUAUGCUAUCAUAGCUUUCUUUAAAACCCAUGUGGACAGUUUCCAUCGGUAAGAAGACCCCUGUAGUCGACAGAGGGCCGGGCGGUCGGACAGACGGCUGCGCGGUCGGACAGACGGCUGCGCGGUCGGACAGACGGUCGGACAGACAGGGGGCCGGGCGGUCGUACAGGGGGCCGGGCGGUCGGACAGGGGGAGGCGUGAUUGGAUAGAAAGCCGUCUGAGGAAAGCAGUUUCUAAAGGGCUAUUGUAUUUCUUUGAAAUGUGGAGUUUAGCCCUUACAUUUAUUUUAUUUUUUACUGUCACUUAUCAAAAUGUCCUCCACAAGGUAUGCUCUUGUUUAUGUGCGGCUCUUAAGGUUCUUGUGUGUUUCAAAAGGCCAAAGGAAAGUAUCAGGAAGACUCAUGGUUCAUAAGGGUUACUUUUUGUAAUGUGAUUUAUUUUGUUUUAUUAUUUUGCAUUGCAGUUACACAUACCACAGUGUCUCCCUAUCAUACAGUACUACACAAGCUGUCGAUAUCAACACUCUACUUUAUACAGACCUAUUUGUUUGUCCUGCAGACUGUUUUGAUACUGUUUCUAUGAAAUGUACUCAUUCUCUUGACAGAGGAAAAACCUCCUAAAAUAACCCUAUUUAUAUGAUAACCCAGUGCUGUAAUCAAGAUAGAAUCUAAUCUUGCCUUUUGCAUAGAGGUUUCUGUACCUACUGCAGAUAUAACAUUUUUGGGUAAUUAAGUCACUAUUUAAUUUUUUUGGGUUAUCGUUUCUAGCACUUAAGAAUAUUAAAAUGUGUACAAAAUAAUAUUUUUUAUUUUUUUUAAGUAAGAAUAUAAUUAUUUUCCGUCAUUAUCAUUACAAAUGUUAUAAAAGUCUAGAAAUCCAUCUGUAUAUUUCUGUUCCUGUAUAGCAACACGUUUCAUAAAUGGAAAUAUGUUCUCCGAAUAUUUAUUUACUAAUAUAUUUAUCUUUAAGCCAUGCCUUAUGUUCCGAGUGUAUGAACAUUUUGGAGAUAUUGGUUGAUUUUUAUUUUGAGGAAAAUCACUAACAUGAGACUUUGUAUAUACAUGGUAAUUGCACACAAGACAAUUAAAUCUCUAUGACCAAAAAACUGAUUUUAAAACUUUAGUAUGAUACAGUUUUGUAAUUAAAGUGUACAAAGAUCUGUAAAAUAUACAGUUUUAUUCAAGUAAAA